CCACCUAGUAUUAGCAGACUGCGCACAUUUACAUCCAUAGAUUAUAAUAAAUGAUUCUAUCAUUGAUGAGUGGAUGGUUAACCUGGUGUAGCUAUGUUGAAACUAUUUUAUUUAGUCUUCGAUCUGCAGUUACUCGCUCGAUCGGCUUAUGUCAUUUACAUCUCGUUUUCGAUCUCGGAUUACUUUCACUUUUCUGAAUCUUUCAGCGAACACAACAAGCUGCGUUUGCACGAAAUCUGUCCAUAUUUUCGCUUAUACGUGCAGCACAGACACAACUGCAACUACACAACGAACUGGCUUGCCCGGCGACAAAAAUGAAAGCGAUGUAAAUAUAACCUUUGACCUUUCGUGGAAUUCUUUGUGUCGGCAUUAACGAUUGGCUGAUGCUUUGCCUCAUUUCCCACGUGCGGCGAACAUUUGAUAACAAAGCAGAGGAGAGCAGACGCCGGUUUGAGUUCGAGAUUUGUGCCUUCGCCGGCGAGUGGAAGGAUAAUUUCGUCCACAUAUUCAUGUCGGGAUUCAAAGUGGGCAUAUUACGGCUCGGGAGAGUCGCAGGAAAGACAAAGUACGCCCUCAUAGAUGAAGCAGACAUUGGGAUCGUUGAGCAGCAUGCAGUAGAAGCACGGGUGGAGGUGGAUAAGGACGGAAACGGCGCCACCAUCUACGCCUAUGCUUACGACAUCAACCGCGGCAGGCAGCAUGGACAGUACCUUCACAACAUGCUGUGGGAAAAGCACAGAGGGGGUGUUGCACCAGGCUGGCAUGUGGUACAUAAAAACCAGGUGACUGUAGACAAUCGCCUUGACAACCUGUGCCUAGCACGGGUAGGUGAGCACCGGCCUGCACCACACCGAACGGAAGCCACUGGCAAGAACAUGGAGGCCAGCCUUUACUGGAUCACUGUGCAGCAGCUGUUGGGGGACCCCAUGGAACAGCAUUUUCCUGAACCACUCUGUGUGCGAUACUACAACUCCAAUGGGGAAGUGGUGGAGCAUGGAUCUGGAGAAGACAGCUGUAUCUACUACGAGUGCCAUUACCCACCCUGUACCAAGAUGGAGAAGGAGCUUCGAGAGUUUAGUAUAUGUGGCCGGUGCCAGCAGGUCAGGUAUUGUGGCACAUUUUGUCAGGAGAGAGACUGGCCCAUGCACAAACGGUUUUGUCGAGAAAAGAAGCCACCUGCAUUCAGAGACUAUUCCCCAGACCGAUGACGGAUAAGUGAGCUGCCGGACAGCAAUGUCAACGUGUGGUUGUGCUCUUUUGUCAUAGGAAGCAUGUCAGUGGGGUUUGCUUGUUUUCACUUCUGGUUCGGUUUUUUUUUUUUUUGUCCUUUUUUUUUUUUUUUGUUUUUUGUUUUUGUUUUUGUUUACAUCAGCGGUCAUAGUAAACUGGGUCUUAAAAGGCUAACAGGUUUGUGACGGCAUUGACACAAAAAUUAAUUGCAAGACUCUUUGCAAGCGAGUUGUACAUCUGAUAGUUUGAGUUCAUAAAUUUUUGAAUUAUUCUUACAUUUGUAUGUACAUGGAGUGUUAUUUGACUGGAAUACAGUGUGUACAUGGAGUGUUGGGUGACUUGAAUAUGUUGUGUACACAGGGUAUUAGUUAUUUGACUGAAAUAUGGGGUGUGUGUGGAGUAUCAGCUAUUUGACUGAACUCUAUUUGAAGUAUGCACAUAUGUUUGGAUGUGGUGUUAAAAAUAGUGUGUGCUUCUAAGCAACGAAAAUGAAGUUGCCAGAAUGUUAGAGGGAAUGCAACAUUAAGCAGAUCUAGGUGAAUGCAACACUGGGGAAAAAAAGCAAAAAAGAUACAUUUGAAGGCACUAAUUUUUCACAUUUUGGAUCUGUAAAUCUCAGGAAUUUUGGGAUAUUCCAGACUAAUGUGGUGAUCAUGUCAAGGCAUUCAAUACACUUUUGGAAAUUAGAUUCUGCAAUAGGGACUGACUCCCAUAUUUAUUCAGAGCCAAAGUGGGUAGAUGUUUAGUAGAAAAACUGAUCCCAUCUUUGGUUUUUUAAAUUUGUAUAUAUGGCCUGUGUUGGUGUCUAUGUUUAAAAGAUGCAUGUGUGAGCGAUAUCUUCCAGUUUCCAGGUACAGUAGGUACCAUGUUUCCAUCUAGUAGGUGUAUUGUGACCCAGAAGUCUUAUUUUAAGAAUGCAGUAUUUUUACACACUGCUGUCAUCAGCUGUUAGUCUAGGCAAUUAACUUAUUUGCAGUUCUAUCAGGUGUUUAAGGACCCAAGUCAUUUCACUUCUUUUUUUAAUCUUAUUGUUGGUUCUGCCAGUACCUGGCUUUUGGUGGUUCCUAGAUGCAGACUCUUUCUAAGUCUGUGCAUAUCUUUUACUAGGAGCUGGAUUUCACAUCUGUUUGCUGAUUGUAGAAUUGUCUCAGUAAAUCUUGUAACUUGCUAGCUGAUAGUCCUCUGGUUCAAAUUUCCUGUGUGGUCUCUAAAUGAACUGUAGAGCUUGCUGCCUUCUUACAAAAUGGCUGCAGCUUCUCGAUAACUGGCUCUAGGUCCUCUGUCACACACCAUUUGGUUCUGACAACCUCAACAUCCUUUUACUUAUUUACUUUAUGUUGUAGCUUUAACUCAGAAGGGAGAAGUAAAAGAAAAGCAUUUUUUCUUUUUGCUCUCUCUUUCCUGCCAGACUUCACAAAAGUUUGCAUAAUAUUUAUGGCUUAAGACAGCCUUACAUGCAGACAUUGGCAGUGUUUAUAGAAUCAGUCUUUGACAUUUUUGGCUUAGAAAAGGAUAACUAAUGAGAUUUACCUUUAUGAUGAAGUCCUUGUUUUCUUCAUGUUUUUGGGUUUUUUUUAUAUUUUUGAGUGGGAAUGUGUUGAUUGGAGUGUAAAAUCCAAGCCUUGAAAAGAGGAUAAAUCUGAGUUGUGUUAACCAGAUUUGUUUUGUGAUGCAUACAAGUAGGCUGUCCUCACAAGACUUCACUACAACCUUUCCUUUCUUAAGCUCUGUCAACUUGAAUAUAGAUUUGAUCCUGCUGUGGUCAAGGGUAUGAUCCUGGUUUGAAAAUCGGUCACUUUCUCAGCAAUCACUUUAACUUUGGACAUCAGCAACUGCCAAGACUUGGAAGAUGUGGCCAGCUUGCUGGCUGCGAGCAUUUACAAAUUCUGGCCAAAGCAUGUCAGAGGCUUAAAUAUCCUCUCUCUCUCUCCUUGUGUGUGCAUUCACGGAUGAAAGCAUACAGGUUAGAAUGUGUUCUGGGAAAUAUGGCAUGCAAAGAGUGAUGGACUUUCUUCAAUGGUGAUGAAUGCUAAGCAGUUUAUUUUUAAGUUCAUGCUCUGGUAACAGUAUUUAAGCAUGAGUGUCAGCUUUGUUGUGAAUGUAUGGGUGUAUGCUAUAAUGUAAAGGCAAAGAUGUUUCUCAUGCCUCAAUUCAUUAUAGAUGUUGAGGAUAACACAAUGGUGAAAAUGGAGAUGUAGAGGAUGAGUCAUAAUAACAUUUUUAAUAAAGCUCCAUUGAUGUUUUAUUUGGUAUAUUUUGUCUGUUCUCAUAUACAUUCUCACAUCUUUAAUUAACAACUUACUGAAAAUAAAAUUAAAGGCAAUGAGCAGUGAAAAUUAUAUUUUUUUAAAAUUCCAAACAUUUUCAGAAGAGAGGAAAUGGAAUGCUUUUUUUUUUCUUAUAAACUGCGCAAAUGACAUUUACAUGAUAGGUGCAGUUUAAAAUGAUGACAAUUUAUGAAUCUCUUGUGCUGCCUGUUCUGUUGAUAUGAUAAAGUUAGGCUUAUCACACACAAUUCCUAAUAGGCACCACAUUUUAGACUGUGUUAAUGUGGAUUAUAUGUUGUGUUUAGAUACUGGUUUUUGUCAGCAGAAUGUGAAUUUUUUUCAUCACAUACAUUUUCUGGUUGGAAAAUUUGUCAACUUGUUGUGCCUUUGAAUCUGUAGUCUUCACUGAUCAUGCCAGAGAGCUCAGACCGCCAUAAUAAGAUUCUGCUUCAUGUGAGCUUUUGUCGCAAGAUGUCAUCCAGCUUCUUGUCUACUUAUUACAUUGUACUCUCUGUUCCUUCUUUUCCUGUCCCUCACUCUUUCACACACCACUAGCAUAAAUCAAGGGCUAUUUUUAUAUUUGGCUUGCAAGCAAAAAAAAAGAAAAAAAUCAAUUUGCACACAAGGAAUCGUGCAUCAUUAUUGUUCACAAUUCACAGGUGGCUGCACUCCAGGAAAGGUUGGGGGAUGAUUUACCCAGCAGUGUAAAAUUGUAACACUGUAAUAUUUUCACUGUUAACUUUUCCUUAACAUCUAUAUGGCUUUAUAAGCAAGUGAUUUUAUGUCUAGCAAUGUUUUUGACAGUGUUGGUGAUUAGGCUUGUAGAUUUACAGUUAUGACAUUUUAAUCCAGCUUACUUAGUUUCAUGGCAACAGCAACAACAAAUCUAUUUUGAAAUCUAUUUUAGUUUUUACUCAGAUAUUUAUUACAAUGAGGAAAAUUUUAGUAUGCGUUCAUUCUAAAUAGGUAUGUCAGCUGUUGAUGACCUUUUCCCUUGUGACAGAGGAAUAUUUUUCAUCUUUCAAAAAUGUUAAAAAAAAUUCUGGAAUGCUACAUGCUAUGCAUGAAAGAAAGUUUUGUUUUCAUAAAUAUUUCAGGACAAUUUUAGCAUAGAGUGUAGUUUAGUCCUUGUUACUCCUCGAGGAGCAUAGGUCCACAACAAUGCCUCGAAAGCGGACCCAGUUUUGGGCAGCCCCCUUCAGUUGGACCCAUGUGGUUCUGAGGUCCUUUGCCUCGCUUUCUAUUGUUCUUUACUGUCUGCUUUAGUCUCCCAACUCUCUUCUUUCCCUGAGGAUUCCAGUCAAGUCCCUGCUUGGCAAUGGUGUCAGCUGACUUAGUAUAGUUGUAUGACAAAAUGGUGGGGUUGGGGACAGGGUAUGGAAAUCAUGCAAUCUCAGUUUGGCUUUGCACAGUCAAUACCCUGUCUCUAAAAAAAUGUCUCAAAAUUUGUCAUCUGAGAUUUUCAGGGUUAGGUAUUUCUGAUUAGAUGGCUUGUGUGACCAUAUUUCUGUCACACAUAUUGACAGUAGCAUAAUAAUAAAGUUAUAUUGUGCCAGUGCUUAUAUUGUAUGUUAACUUUUGGUCUCAGCUUUUACUCGAUUCCUCAAGACUAAAUCUAUGGUUUUAAUGCAUUUGAAAUGCUGCGGUUUGUUUUAGAAUUUUACUUACAAAUCUUUGGUUAUGCUUUUAAGUUAUAGGGCUCAUUUGAAGGUGUAUUUUAACAGAUGAGUUGUAAGCUUACAAUGGUUUAUUGUUUUGGUCUUAUACAUAUACAUGUCAUUAUGAGAUUAGGGAUGCAGGGUAUAAAGCUAUUAAUUCUGAUAAACUUACAGUCAUUAGAUUACCAGCCUUCAAUUUGGUCUCAAGAUGACCCUUUGGUGCCAGAAGACUGGUGCCAAGGUGUCUGAAAAUGUUAUAUUUUUUUGUUUUGUUUUAUAUCUUGGAAUGGCACUUAUGCACUCACAUUGCAUGUAUCUAUGUACCCUUGUUUUAUUUUAUAGUUUAUUGUACUAAUACAUUAUUUAUUGUACUAACACAUUCCAUGCAUGUUCUGCAAGUUGGUGUGCAGGCCAGGUUAUUGUAUCAUUUGCUAAGACCAUUUCCAAAGCUGAGUCCCUUUGAUCCAAGGUCAUUCCUACUCACCUAGAGGUCCUUUUGUCUUUAACUGAUUUUGCAGUAGUAAUAUUCCGUGGAGAGUCAAGGGUUGACAACACAAACUAUUACCAUUUAAAUUGUUUUCCCAUACUUUUUCAUGCAUCUGUUGGCAUGCUGUAAAGUUCAAGUUACAUUCCAGAUUUCUUUUUAGUGUUAACAGCACAAGGGCAAGAUAUAAAUAGUAAUGUUAUGUUUUGAAAAUAGAACAGCAUUAUCAACAUUUUCACCCAUAAUUCACAACCUGAACAGAAAUCAUGAAACAUACAUGGCUUCUACUAAGCAUGAUGUCAAUAUUGUAGCUGACAAGGCACAAAGAUUCAAGUGGCCACUUCAUGUGCUGUACUUUUAAUAGUCAAGAUGAAUUUUUAGCCGCUCUAAUUGAUACUCCACCCAUCUACCCAGGGUAUUUACUUCAUAGACUGACUACUAGUAAUGAGAAAUUGGUGACCAAAGGUCACUCACUAGUAGCUAGUACUAACAUGUUAAAUUCAUCCACUCAUGGAAUAUUGUCAAAAUAUGCACCUGUAAGAGCUAGGUACAGCUUGUUCCUGUUGGUCCUUUGGCAUAAUUUUUAAGUUGCCUCCCUUGUGAUCAUGUUCAUUCUAGUCGAUAAUCUUUAAAUUAUAAACAGGGUCUUUAUUUUCUUUUGAACUGAUUUAGAAUUGGUUGUCAAAACAGUAUUGGUUUUUUUGGCUCGAUCACACAUCAUGACUAACAUUUUAGUUUUUUUUGACCAGCUGUGUUUGUUUGCGUAUACUUCGACCGACGCAUGUUUUUCUUUCAGUGUUUGCCCUCUACUAUCUGCAUGUACAUUUUGCUGCAUUUAAAUUUUAUGUUUAUUCCUUUGUGUUCAUUGUUUUAAGCCUUAAAGGAACUAAAGGAUAUGAGCUUACAGAUGUUACCCGUUAGCCAGGAACGGAUGGUGCCAGGGUAUUUAGACUUUAUUUUGAAAGGUGCAAGCAUGGAUGGCAGAAAUCUAAGAAUUUAUAUGGUAAUGCUAUUAGACUUGUUACCCUUACAGUUCUGGCAUAUUUUCUGUAGUUUUAAAGUGGCCAGCAUGCUUAUAAAGCGAGAAAGUUACCCUCAAAAAAUAUUUUUGAAUUCAGGGUUCUCCAUUUGAGUCUUGCAAGCAGUCAUUUAGAUUUAGUCUUGGGAAUGUGAUGGGGAAUAACAGAUUUUUGUCACUGAUACUUGACAAAGGAAUACACAGUUUGAACUAAAAAUACUCUUGCCUGGUUACCAUGGUAACCAGGUCGAGAAAUGCAUGAACAGGUGUGAAUACUUUUACAUGGACGCACAGUUACAUGGUUUCAAUGCAAGGGUAUUGCAUUUUCAUAGAACACUGUUAAAACACAGAAAUUAAUUUUAAUGAAAUGUGGAACAAAUAGUUAUAGAAGCAUAUGACUGGAUGUGGUUAACAAUAUUAGGUAAUGCAGUUCUGGCAAUAAUGAAACGAUUUUCUAUGUUUUACCCUUGAAAAUUUCCCCAGUGAUCUUUUUUACCCCAUCCCUACCACUUUGUGGCUAAAUUUCUCAGAAUGGCAAGCAGGCAGUCAUUGUUACACCUAAGAAACCAUCUGAAAUCCCAUGCUAAAGUGCACAUUCCUUUAGUUCUGGGGCUCCAACAUCUUUAGCGCCAUUUUCAAUGUAGUGAAUUAAACAUUCUAUUUUGGUCAUCACAGAAUAAAUGCAGCUAACUCUA